UAGGCAGGUAGUUAAGGCGCUAGUAUCAUAGCGAGCUCGCGGUGUCCUGUCUCUGGGCAGAGGGUGGGGAACCGGGCUGCAAAGACCCUCGGUUUCUUCCGAAAGUUGCGGUGAAUCCUUUUUCUUGGAGGUCCGCCUCUGGGCGGCGGCGGCAGCGCGUGUUUCCCGGGAGGGGGCCUCCUGUGCCGCCGCCCCCCUCCCCCUGGCACGAUUGCGCGCGGGGCUCCCUGCUCAGCGCAGUCUCCUCCCCCCGCGCCCCCUCUCCUUCGUGCUGGCCAGCGCCCCGCGGCCUCCCCGGCACUGCCCCCCGGUCGUGCCCGAGCAGCCGCGCCGCUGCAGGCAGUGGGGAGCUGCUCCCGCCUCGCCUCGUCUCGCCUCGCGCCCCCCCUCCCCCGCGCGCUCUGGCCGGCUGGGCCCCGGCUCCCAGCGCAGGGACCAUGGAGUAGGCGGGCAGCCCCGCUACGCGCUCCCGUAGCGGGAGAGGCCGGAGCCUUCCCGGGGUAGCCUCGUCAGCCGGCGGAGUUGGCCAGCCGCGGGCCCUCCUCCCGCCAGUCCUUCCCAGUCCUUCCCUGCUCCUCCUCCUCGGCCGCCGCCGCCCCCGCCUCCUAGCCGCCCCCGCCGCCCCCGCCUGCCGCCGCCCCAGGCCGAGCGCGGACGCCGAGCGUGGGAGCCAUGGCGCGCGAGGAGGAGAGGGACCCGGAGCGCCGGGAGGUGGUGGCGCGGGCCAGCGGCGAGGAGGAGGAGGAGGAGGAAGAGGAGGAGGAGGAGGAGGAGGAGGAGGGAGAGGACGGACUGAGCAUUAGCCACCACGAAGACGAGGACGAGUCGAGCAGCAGCGGCAAGGAGGAGGAAGAGGAGGCGGUGGCGGCUGGGCUGGAGCGCAAGGAGGACGCGCGGCUGCUGCACGCAGGGCUGCCUCUGGUGGCCGAGCCCGCCAGCGCCGCCCGGGGCAGGAGCGCCCGCCGCCCGCCGGAGCUCCUGUGGACUAGCAGCCGGAGGAUGCCGUCGCUGUGGCCGGAGGAGGAUGAGCACGAGCGUCGCCGUAGCCGCCGAAGGGACCUUCUGCUGAGCCAGCUCUGCUUCUUGGCCUUGGUGGCGCUGCUGCUCUGGUCGCUGGCGAGCAUGCAAGAGAAUAAUGAACUUGACCUCAUGGACCUCCUAGGAGAAGAUCGACAGUGGACAGUUGGGAGGAAGUUAUUACAGGUGAAUGACACUCUGACUUCCGAAGACGGUGUCAUCUGGAACACCAAGAACUGCACUGAGCCAGCUCUGCAUGAAUUUCCCAAAGACAUCUUCACCAAUGAGGCCAGACGACGGGGAGCAGUGGUGCUCCACGUGCUCUGUGCCAUGUACAUGUUCUACGCACUGGCCAUUGUGUGUGAUGACUUCUUCGUUCCCUCCUUGGAGAAGAUCUGUGAGCGCCUCCACCUCAGCGAAGAUGUAGCUGGAGCCACAUUCAUGGCCGCGGGCAGUUCUGCCCCAGAGCUCUUCACAUCAGUCAUAGGUGUCUUCAUCACCAAGGGCGAUGUAGGAGUUGGGACCAUCGUGGGCUCAGCGGUGUUCAACAUCCUAUGCAUCAUCGGUGUCUGUGGGCUCUUUGCAGGGCAGGUUGUGGCUCUUUCCUCCUGGUGCCUGCUGAGGGAUUCCAUCUACUACACACUCUCUGUGGUUGCACUCAUUGUGUUCAUUUACGACGAGAAAGUUUCCUGGUGGGAGUCUUUAGUCCUUGUGCUGAUGUACUUUAUCUACAUUGUCAUCAUGAAGUAUAAUGCUUGCAUACAUCAGUGCUUUGAAAGGAGGACUAAAGGUGCUGGAAACAUGGUCAAUGGCUUGGCCAACAAUGCUGAGAUUGAUGAUAGCAGCAACUGCGAUGCCACAGUGGUGCUUCUCAAGAAAGCCAAUUUCCACCGCAAAGCAUCAGUGAUCAUGGUAGAUGAACUGUUGUCAGCCUAUCCACACCAGCUUUCUUUCUCUGAGGCUGGCCUUCGAAUCAUGAUCACCAGCCACUUUCCCCCUAAGACUCGACUCUCCAUGGCCAGUCGCAUGUUAAUCAAUGAGAGACAAAGACUGAUCAACAGCAGGGCUUAUGCCAAUGGGGAAUCUGAGGUAGCAAUCAAAAUCCCAAUCAAACAUACCGUGGAGAAUGGGACAGGGCCCAGCAAUGCCCCGGACAGAGGAGUGAAUGGGACCCGGAGGGAUGAUGUUGUGGCUGAGGCUGGCAACGAGACAGAGAAUGAAGACAAUGAGAACAACGAGAAUGAUGAGGAGGAAGAGGAAGAGGAAGAUGAUAAUGAAGGACCAUACACACCUUUCGACCUCCCCUCUGGCAAACUGGAAACAGUAAAAUGGGCAUUUACCUGGCCACUGAGUUUUGUCUUAUACUUCACUGUCCCCAACUGCAACAAGCCCCGAUGGGAGAAAUGGUUUAUGGUGACAUUUGCCUCUUCCACAUUGUGGAUAGCAGCCUUCUCCUACAUGAUGGUGUGGAUGGUCACCAUCAUUGGUUACACGCUGGGGAUUCCUGAUGUCAUCAUGGGGAUCACCUUCCUGGCAGCUGGAACCAGUGUGCCUGACUGCAUGGCCAGCCUCAUUGUGGCCAGACAAGGCAUGGGAGACAUGGCAGUGUCCAAUUCCAUUGGGAGCAAUGUGUUUGACAUCCUCAUUGGCCUCGGUCUCCCAUGGGCACUGCAGACCCUGGCUGUGGAUUAUGGAUCUUACAUUAGGCUAAACAGCAGGGGACUGAUUUACUCCGUGGGCUUGCUUCUGGCCUCUGUCUUCGUCACGGUGUUUGGUGUUCACCUCAACAAGUGGCAGCUGGACAAGAAGCUGGGCUGUGGAUGCCUGUUCUUGUACGGAGUGUUCCUGUGCUUCUCCAUCAUGACAGAAUUCAACGUGUUCACCUUUGUGAACCUGCCCAUGUGCGGGGACCACUGAUCUGCUGGGUCACUGGCUGAGGUUCGGUUCCUUCUUUUCUGUGCAAUACAAGGCCCGGCCACACCCUGAGUCACUUGGGCCCCAGGGCCGGGCAUAUCUUUCUCUCCCACUGUUCACAGGCCUCCGUUCCUGCCUCGGCGGCCCAGGUUUUCCCACCCUCCCUCUCACCCCUACUCCUUCAGGGGUCCUCCCUACCAUCCAUCCCAUCUUGCCUACCCCUUCCCAUUCCCUCCAUGUGAAGACUUCUUACAUUCACGUGAAUUUUCAAGCUCCAUUUCUGAACGGUGACGGAGAUUCUAGAAAAACUGGCUGCUAACUGGCCCAAGCCAGGCAAAACUUAUUACAGUCCCUCCUCCUUUUUUAAGUUAUUGGAUGGAAGACGAGCCUAAUUUAUGACCUGAGACUGCCGAAGAGAGGGGAGAGGAUUACAUGGAUUCUAGGGGGGUAAUUGGGAUAUUUGUUAUGUUUGGAGGUGAUUUCUAGGUUACUGGAUUUGGUGGGGAGGGGGGAAUUGUUUUGCUUGAGGGGACUUCCCCUCCUUUAUUCUUUUUCUCCCAGAGACAGAGAGCUUCUCUUGCAUCUUCCUUCACUGGUCUCUGGACUAAUCACUGAUCCACAGCUUGCCCCUGCUGUGGCUUCUGGGGUGGAAUCCCAGGCACAAUGGCGUGUGCAUGGGUUUAGUGCUUGUUAGAAGAGCAGAGGGUUCUGGGGAACAGACGCAUGUCAUUCCAUGCCCGUGGGUGCCUCCCUCAAGUCCUAGGUAUUCCCUAGGGCAUGCAAGGUUUUCUCAGAAGAAGACAGCUUUCCUCAUAUCCAUUAUGACCAUUGCUUUCUCACUAGGUUCUUUCUAGUCUUUCAAGCAAUAGUUCUAGCCUGCCCAUGGCCUUUACGAGGGGCCCUGGUUAAACUAUUCAUCCACGAGGUGCCAGGCAGUCAUCGACAGAAGCUUCCCAACCUGGGAGUACCUUCAAUGUGCUCCCAUUGUUUAGGAUUUGAGGUGACAGGGAGUGACCCAGAGGCUACCACUGCUUUUCUGUGCAGGAGUUAACAGACACUGGUUACUUGGAAAAAUGGAAAGAAGCACACUUUGCACAGACGUCUCAACAAAGUCCCAAUUUGCCACUUGGUAUUGAGUACACUGGACCCUGGCAACUGGCUCUUGGGCCACUGUCCUUCCACAUGGGACACAGCCACCAAGUUGCCCCACUGCUUCCUUCCACUCCAGGAGGGAUGGCAAGGGAAAGAGAAAACAGAACUGACACCUUGGAACCACAGAAUGUGUUCAACGCAGACUCUCUCAUGGGCAUAAGUUAUUGUGAACAUUGUUGCCAAUCACUGCUCAGCAGCCCUGCUAGAUUUUGUAUGAUGCUGAAGUAUUAUGCAGACUAAUUCCACCGAGUUGAGACCCAUUCAUGCUUGUUACACUUGUAUUUAUUGAAACUGUGGAUUCUUACCCGUGCUGUUCCCUGUAUUUACUUUAAGCACUGAUCACUUAUUCAUUCGGUAUGGUUUUCCCUUCAUCCCCUGUACACAUUCUGGUAUGAAUUGUAAAAAUAAUAAUAAUAAUAAUAAUAAUAAUAACCUGCGACCAGUUGGUCUAAUGUUUCUGUUGAUGGUGCAAACCAAGGCCAGCGUUAGCUGAUGGAGCACCUGCCUGAAAGAGGAACAGGAAAGGAAAGCACCAAUUUGGGCUCUCAGAGCUAAGACACACUUUACUGAUUCUGUUGCACAUUUUGCACUGGUUUAUGGCCAUUGUUUUCUUGGGCAGAUAGUAUAAAAUAAACUUCUCUGUUCUGUA